AUGGACCGGAGGAGUUGGCUGUGGCGCCGGAAAUCAUCUGAGAAAAGUCCCAAUGGUGAAACAGAAAGCUCAGGAUCAAUAUCAUCACAUUCAGAAAGAUUUUCUGAUGAUCAGGCCUCAUCAAAUCAUAACACUCACUCACCAGAAGUCAUAUCUAAAGCUGCACCCAGCGAUGAAGAACUUAAUGAAAGUGUGAAGACCUUAUCAGAGAAAUUAUCAGAAGCUCUUCUAAACAUUCGUGCGAAGGAAGACUUGGUAAAGCAGCAUGCCAAAGUCGCGGAGGAAGCUGUCUCGGGAUGGGAGAGAGCUGAAAAUGAAGUGCUAGUUCUGAAGAAACAAACUGAGGCCAUAACUCAGAAAAACUCAGUCCUUGAACAACGUGUUGGACAACUUGAUGGAGCCCUUAAAGAGUGUUUGAGACAACUUCGACAGGCAAGAGAAGAGCAAGAACAAAAGCUUUAUGAUGCUGUUGCCCAGAAAAGUAGUGAAUGGGAAUCGACAAAGUCGGAACUUGAAAACCAGCUUAUCGAACUCCGUUCUCAACUUCAAAGUGCUAAAACAGAUGUCAUUAAGCUUGAAACCAUGGAGAAAGAGAAUGCAAUCCUUAAGAGAGAACUCCACUCUCAAGCUGAAGAACUGAAACUGAUGACCUGUGAGAGAGACUUAAGCACCCGUGCUGCAGAAACUGCUAGUAAACAGCAUCUUGAUAGCAUAAAAAAGACAGCAAAGCUUGAGGCAGAGUGUCGCAGGCUAAAGGCAUUGGCUCGCAAAGCAUCGCAUGCAAAUGAUCUUCAUUCUGUUACUUCAUCAACAGUUCAUGUAGAAUCGUUUGCAGAUAGUCAGUCGGAUAUUGUAGAUAGUCUAUUGGUUAUUGAAAAUGACGAUUGCAAGAUAAAUGGAUUGAAACCAGUGGACAGUAGGUUUUGCUACCCUGAGUCUCGAGUUUUAGUGGCCGAGAUAGAUCAACAAAGACCUCUGGAAAGAAAUCAUAUGGUUUCAUCUGUUGAGAUUGAUCUCAUGGAUGAUUUUCUUGAAAUGGAGAGGUUUGCAGCCUUACCUGAGACAGAGAGUGGAAGCUGCCCUGAUACAGAAGCCCGGGGUGGGGAACAACCUUUAAAAGCUGAACUGGACACCAUGAUGACUCGGACAGCUGAACUUGAGGAAAAGUUGGAGAAGGUGGAAGUAGAGAAAAUAAGUUUGGAGAUGGCUCUAAAGGAGUGCCAAAAACAGCUUAAGACGUCCCGAGAUCAACUAAAGGAAACACAGUUGAAGUUGGUGGACCUGGAAACUCAGCUUGCUAUGGUGAAUGAAGCAAAGAGAGCGGCUGAACUAGAAGUCGAGGCUGCCAAUGAAAAGCUUACCAAAUCAACAAAGAAUUUAGAAGAAGCCAAGGUCAAUCUGGUCGAACUUCAAAAUCAGUUAAUAGUUGUAAAUGAGGAAAAGUGUGUGGUGGAGUCUGAACUUAAAACUAGCAAUAUAAAUAAACAAGAAGUUGACUUACAAAUCAAAUCUCUAGAACGUGAGUUCGAAGCCUUGCAUUCGAGCAUUGGUACUUUAGAAGAAGAGAUUAAAAAAGAAAAAAGUGUUUCGGGGGAAGCUGUUUUGAGGUGUCAGACAUUAGAAAACGAGAUUUCGAGAAUGAAACUGGAUUCUCAGCUUCAGAGAUCGGCUGGCAUUGAAGAGUUCAGAAUCAAUCAGGAUAGAGAAUUGGCAGUGGCUGCUAGUAAAUUCACUGAGUGUCAAAAGACAAUUGCUUCUCUCAGUCGGCAGCUAAAAUCUCUUGCGACAUUGGAUGAUUUCCUGAUAGACUCAGAGGGGCCAGUAGAACUCCUUUGA